AUGAAGAAGAGUGCUGAUGCUGAGUACGAUUUCUUGGAUUUCUGGGAAGCGAAUCAAAAGUUCUUUGCUAUGAAGAAAGGAAACACGGAAAACUUGAUGCAUUUCAAGGAACAAUUCUUGAGACAGACUGAAGUCCUGCAAGAUCUAUAUGGCGUGGCCUGGUUCCGAAAUUUUGCAGUCAAGAUGAAAGCGUAUGCUGCUAUUGCUAGCACCAAUACUGCUGCUCAAAACAAGUUCAAGGAUGAUAUCUUUGAAGCCAUUCUUGCAACAGGAUUUCUGUGCAACUGCAAUCGAACGAGAACAGCUCCUCUGAUGCUGGAUCUUCAGACAAACUAUUGCAGAGAAGUGGAUUAUUAUCCAAAGACGGUCAGCAAAGCACAAGAUAUGUUGAAGAUUCACAUGGAAGUGAGUAAAAAUCCGGGAUUGAAGCUCUACCAAGGAAAAGACCAACCUAAUAAAGGUAAAG